AUGAGAGCUUGUUUCAUUCUCGUGGCUCUGCUUUACUUCUGUGGGCUCAGCCUCAGUCAAGAAUGUGUGCGAGAGCUGCUGGAGAAUGUGGAUUUCCCAGGAACAGACUUGACUCAGCUGUACUCCCCUGAUGUAAACCACUGUCAGCUGCUGUGCACCCAGCACCCGUCCUGCCUCUUCUUUACCUUCAUAAGAGCAGACUGGACCCGAGAUAACAGGCAUUUCUACUGUUACCUCAAGUCCACUCCCUCUGGGCAGCCCAAUGUUCAGAAACCACUACUGGGUGUCACCUCUGGCUAUUCCCUCAAGCCCUGCGGUCCAGAGUCUAACCCUUGUCUGUCUCAGGUGUACGAGAAUGUGGACUUCUAUGGAGCGGACUACCAAACCCUGUUCACAGUCAGCUAUGAGGAGUGUCAGAGAGCCUGCACAAAUGACCCUUCCUGUCAGUUCUUCACUUUUUUCAAUGGAAUCUUCACACCAGAAAAGAUCAGAUACAAGUGCCACUUGAAAUUCAGCUGGACAGUACCCAGGACUCCUAUUGUAGAGGCAAAACCUGGUGUGGUGUCUGGAUUCUCACACUCUUUACAAAUAAUGACAAAUUCUGACACAGUGUGCCAGGCCAGGUUUUUCCCAAAUACUGACAUCCCAGGAAACGACUUAGAGAAGGUACUCGCCGGCUCUGCUGAGCAUUGUCUUAGCCUGUGCUCUGCUCAUCCACGCUGCACCUACUUUUCUUACGUUACCUCUGAUGGCAGUUGCUUUUUGAAGAGCAAUCCAAAUGAAAUGAUCAUCAGUGCCAAGGAUGGAGUCACAUCUGGGAUACCAUCACGCUUCUGUCAGCAAGACAACAGCUGGUUGAAGGAUACUCAUGACGGAGUAGAUUUCCGUGGGUCUGAUAUCCGUUAUGUGAUGCUGGACGACCCAGAGACUUGCCAGACGACAUGCAGUCAAGAUUCCAACUGCCAGUUUUACACCUAUGUCAACGAGGAUUUCUUUGAUUCUAACUAUUGGCGUCGCUGCUACCUCAAGCGUGUCAUCACCAUGCCCGCUCCUCCCAAAGUUACCAAACUGGCCAACGUCGUGUCUGGAUUCUCCCUGAGGAACUGCAAGACAGAUCUGGGCACAGAUGCAAUCACACACACAAAUGUCUAA